CCCAGACCUACCUCAGGUUAGUACUUGCCGGUAGGGCCUCCAGUCGCUCGGUUAGGUUGCCUUGCCCUAGUCGUAGGGCCAAUCCAUGUACAUAGAGUGCUUUCCCUCUUCGCUGCGGCUGCGUCUGAUUUUAGUUUGCUUUGCUCGCUCCUGCACCUCCGCUCAUUCUCCAGCUGCUUGCUUGCCCGCUCCCGUUUUGUUCUUUCCGCUUCAGUCCCACUUCCACUUCCACUUCUCCUAUGGGCCUGGCAAUCUCAACUCGACUAGUACUUAGCUACUUGCUCUGAACCGGUGACCGAGAAGUAGCGAAAAGUCUCGGCCUUACCUUAGUUCCACUUCAUUCUUUCACUUCAUUGACUUCUUCCAUCGUUUCCUCUUCUUCCCACCACUUCCUCGUCGACUCCCGUCCCAUUCGAUUUCCAACCUCCAGCAUCCGCUAUCUUCAACACUGCGCAUACACCACCACCACCUCUUGGGAUUUACUUGUAGUUUGACCGACAACUACCGCGGCGUACAACCACGGAACAGCUUGCUUCAACCCCCCAAAAAAGCCUCGCGAUUCUCAAGACAGCCAACGACACAAGGCCAACUAAGCCUAUACAUAGUACCUAUUCUAAUCUCGUACCGACAAAAAAGGACUGAUCACUUUCUGCAUUGACACUACAUACGGAAAUUGUUACCAUUGGGCUUCGCCGGCUUCGUUUCUCCCUCGUUGAAACAUCCAGCCAAAGGAUCGGCUACGCCCGACGCUUCCUCUCCGCAUUCCAGUUCCCUUGCCCCAGUGGUUACCACCCGCCCGGUUGAUCAACCACCUCGGUCACAUCCUCGACAGCCACUUUCCGACCGAUAUUCAAGCCACGGACGCCAUGCUCAAGGUUCGACUUCUUCAGUCAUAGCAUUAGAGGUCCUUGCCGUCCUUUAACCUUUAGCCUUUUUUUUCGUCCUUUCCGAGCUUCUCAGGUCGACAAGUAUCCCAACACGCUUCUGCAAUCGAACAAGCCCUGCCGAUUUACGAGUUCCGCAGACCAACAGGAUCUCGUACGACCCAAUUACGGGACGACGACAUGGGCCCCGGUCUUCGAUCCUCCCCAGACGACAAUGACAACCCUGUCUUGCAGGACGAGCCCCGGUCCGCCCGCCAAGAGACGCAACUCCCACAGGACCCCGACAUGCCAUCAGCACUACCGGAGGGGAACUCCGUGUCUCAUCCCGAACCUCCGUCGGAAAGUUUAAUAGAUGACAGGACAACCUUGUCCCAGGGGAACUCGGAGCGCCUCUGGCGAGGCCCGCCUUCCAUGACUCCUCAAGUACGCCGAAGCCAGUCGUCGAGCCCUUUGCGCCUCACGAUGCCCUUCAUAACUCCGGGCCAGCUUGCCUUUUCGGCCAUGCAAUUUUUACCCGUUCCAAUCCUGGUCUUGGAUAGCCUCAAAACAGUGGUACUCGCUAAUGAGUCCAUGGGAAGGCUACUGGGAAUGCCGUCAGAUGCGACGGGAGAGGGGGAUGAUCUGUCUUCGACAAUGGACCAACUCCGUGGCCAGACUCUGUCGCAAGUUGGUAUCGAUCUUAUCCAGGAUGGCAUGCCGGUUUGGAUUGCAUGGGAGCACUUUUUGGACCAGAUUGCCCUCGAGAUGGGAGUUGGAAACAGCGGGGGAAAAGAAAUCUUGAAGUCUGUUCUGCAAACUGAUCCCGACGGAGACGCUACGCCACGCCAAGCAGAGCUCCCUCCAUCGGCUUCCACUUCUUCACCGCGGUCUAGAUCGACAUCGGCUCAAUCAGGAGAUGGCGUGUGUGACGGGGAUGCAGGCAACACAACCUGCCGCCCAUCACCAAACGCUGUUGUGGAUGUGGUCAUAGUCAAGAGAGAUAUCGCCCGGUCAACAUAUCAUACCCGCGCCCGGUCAGAAAGUUCUACAUUCCACGCACAGGCCAAGAUGAUCAUUUCGGUCUGGCAGUUGAGCCCGCAGCAAACCUUUUUUACCCUCACUUUCACCAACACCGAUUCCAAGUAUGUUCCCCCGGUUGGUGCCAAGAAGCUGGCUGGAAGGCGUGACGUUUUGGAUGCUGCUGAAAAAAAGUACCCUUAUAGCAUAAACGACCCUCCCUCUUUGACAUCAAGUCGUGAUUCGCGUUCUCGCUCUCCGUCCUUUCCCCUAAGUCCUUCUGCGGUCGCCAUGUCUUCCAGUCCUUUCCCUCCGCUUGGACCUCCGUCUCACUCUUCCAUCACCAGUGCUCCUUCCAUGCUCCAAAAGAUCACUGUCAUGAAAGAUGCCCUUCUGGAUAAGACACAAACGCCAAUCAUCGCCAUGUGGAAGGACGGGAGUGUGAUCCUUCCCAAUAAACCUGCCCGGCGCCUCUCUUAUCCAGACCCUGUGCAAGGCGCUCCCCACGAAGGUUUCAACCUCUUGUCACAGUGGAGAAUGUGGACAGAUGAUUUCAGCAGACAGCUGGAGACCGACGAAUACCCAAUAUCUCUUAUGAUCAAAAGUGAAACGCCCUUUGAAAGCUUCAGAGUCGGCAUGCUGGGUCCAGACGACGAGCGGCUAAUAUUCGACGUUGAGGGAGCAGUGAUUCGAGAUGAGAUCACAGGCGAACUUCUGGCGGGUGUGAUAACAUGCAGGGACAUCACGCGAAUCGAGCAUGAAAUCAGUCAGAUCAAAGCAGCAGACGAGGAAAGGUUCAGAUUGAUAUGCGAGACCAUGCCUCAGCUCGUGUGGACUGCGGGACCAGACGGCGCACAUGACUUUUACAAUAGCAGGUGGUACAGCUACACAGGUCUGAGCGUAGAAGCUUCGCUAGGCGGAGGCUGGAGAACGGCGUUCCAUCCCGAUGACUUGGCCGAGGCUGACAAGCGAUGGCAAAAUUCAACUCGAACCGGCGAGCCAUAUGUGAUAGAGUACCGGUGCCGCAGCAAAGAUGGCGAGUGGAGAUGGUUCCUUGGCCGUGCGCUGCCUCUGAAGAACAAACAAACAGGGGAAAUUGAAAAGUGGUUUGGAACCUGCACUGAUGUGCACGAAACUAUGGAAGCAAAGCUCGAAGCCAAGCGGACAAGACAACAGCUACGUAGCGUCAUUGCUCACUCACGCAUGACCAUGUUCGCUGUUGACCCCAAUCGAAAGGUUACCUUGCUGGAGGGAUCGUUAAUAUGGGAUGCUCUCUCGCCGGAGUGUGGCAGCUCCUCUUGGUUUAUCGGGAAGGAUGUUUACGAAGUUUUCAACAACAUCAACCAACAAUUACCGGAUGGUCAGACGCCUGCUUUUCUGCAGCCUCUUGAGUCCAUACUUGGCGGAAAGUCACCGGUGGAACUGCAGGACCACAAGUUUGCAGGUAGAUGGUACCGCACCGGUUUUCAGCCCAUUCUCAGGAGAGAUCCUCUUACCGGAAACUCUACAGAGGAUUUCAUCGAAGGCGUCAUGGGCUUUAUAAUGGACGUAACCGAAUUAAAGGAUCGCGAAAGGGACAUUGAGGCUCAAGCACUGGAGAAGAGACAACUUCUAGCCAAUGAAGCAGCCGCAAAGGAAGCAAGCCGGCUCAAGAGCCAGUUUUUGGCCAAUAUGUCUCAUGAGAUUCGGACACCCAUUACCGGUGUGAUCGGAAUGGCGGAAUUAUUGCUUGAUGUUGAGCUUGAUGCUGAGCAACGAGAGCUAACGGAGAAUAUUUUCCGUUCCGCGAACGCACUUCUGACUGUAAUCAACGACAUUCUUGACUUCUCAAAGAUUGAGUCUGGGCGACUGGAUAUCGAAGAAGUACAAUUUUCAUUAGCUGUUGUUAUUCAGGAGGUCGGCAAGAUGCUUAGCUUCACCGCUGAGCGGAAAAGCUUAGCCUUUAACUACGAGAUUUGUUCAGAUAUUGGGAUUGAUCUCGUGGUUAUGGGAGACCCUGGACGUGUGCGGCAAAUCAUCACGAACCUGGCCACGAACAGCAUCAAGUUCACACAUGAGGGUCACGUUAAGCUACAUGUCUCUGUCGAACAGGAAACGGACGAUACUAUUGAGGUCAAGUUCGUGAUUCAGGAUACGGGCAUUGGUAUCGAAGAAGAAGUGCUCAAACGGCUCUUCCAGCCUUUCAGUCAGGGAGAUCCCUCGACAGCGCGGAAAUUUGGGGGUACCGGUCUAGGGUUGACCAUUUCCAAGAACUUGCUGGAACUGAUGAAAGGGCGCAUGGCGCUCGCAUCCAAAAAGGACGAAGGAACUACAGCCACGUUCUGGAUCCCAUUCAAGAAGCCACAAAAAGCACAGUCGAUUACCGGCCCGCUAUCUGACAGAUUACAGAGCGAGACAAGCGUGUCUUGUAACUGCCCGGCUCCGGCUGACCAGGAGUCAGGUGCGCUGAGCGGCGAGCAGAGGUCGGCAUGGAGACAAUCCUCGACAAGCCUCUCCCCCACCACCUCGCAAGAGGAGCUCUCCAUGCCGGACCGCAGCAAGAUCUUUAUCCUGGUAGUCGAAGAUAACGAGAUCAACCAACAAAUCGCCAUCAGGACGAUCAGAAAACUAGGCUUCCAAGUCGCGGCCGCCUGGAACGGCAAGGAAGCUCUCGAAUACCUGUCUAAAGCCAGCACUGGCAAGACACGGAAACCGGACAUCAUUCUGAUGGACGUACAAAUGCCUCUGAUUGAUGGGUACCUGUGCACCCACCUCCUCCGGCACCACGCCCCGUACAGAAGCUACGUGAGAGAUGUGCCGAUCGUGGCCAUGACCGCCUCGGCAAUCCAAGGCGACAAGGAAAAAUGCAAGAGGGCGGGCAUGGAUGAUUACCUGUCCAAACCUGUCAAAAGAACAACGCUCGAAAGGAUGUUGCUGAGGUGGUGCACUACCAAAAGGGAAGAACUCUCGCCGAUUACGUCGCAAUGCACAGAGUCUGGUGAGCAUUGUCAGAGUGCUGGUAUUCCUGCUGUUGGGCUGAAUGAAGAGCCGUCUGAAUUGGACUUGAAUGCGUAUGACAACGUUGAUGAUCAUGAAGGGUCGAAUCUUGCUACGCCUAUGGGUCCUGGCCGAGUUGCAGAGGGGAUGUCUCCAGGGGGUGGCGCUGAGAUUGAGCAGUCUCCGACGGCGGGAUACUUUUCGUCAGGGUCAGGUUCUGGACACGGCGUGCCAGACGCGACAAAACCAACAGGAGACCCUGGUGAGCAGACAGGGCUUGGUCAAGCUGAACAGCUUCUUGAUGCCAGUUCGCAGCAUUACCCAUCACAACCGAGCGUGGCAGAUAUGACGACAAGUCCGGCCUCGAUAGAGCGGAGGGAAGGAGAGGCGUUGACGGAGGAAAAUCUGGGCAAGCUGCAGGAAGAACAAAACGAAGAAUUGCAAAGCAUCUAAUAAGUAAAGGGAAUGGGGUGGGAAUGAAAUAAAUAUCUUUUCACCAGAAAGCGGAAUCACUUCCUUUUAGAACAUGGACAUCAGGCCUGGGGCAUAAUAUGUAUGGACAGGGUUUAUGUACAGGUUAAGGCAUGCUAUCAACGGGGUUCUUUGCUAGGACAAAUAGCUUUAUCGCCUUUGUUGCUUGCGUCCAUGUGAGCAUUUCCGAAGAAACAUGGUAAUGGACGGACAGAUUCAGCGGAGAUAAAUGUUUGGGUGCGGAUGAAAAGCAAGCGGUGUUGUAGGUAUAGAUGGAUAGGCGCAAGAAGCAAGGUGAUAAAAUCUACACUGCAAUUACCAAA